AUGGCACCCGGCGAAGAUGUCGAGCGCGGGCGCGCUAGCAGCGCUGCUGAGCGCCAGAAGUCCAUUGUCUCCAUGACCGAGUUCGAGGGCAUGGACGAGUACACUGCUCUGCAGAAGUACAUCCUCUUCUACCGCGACCCCAGGGCCGCCGGUCACCAGCAGGAGGAGGCCCCCAAGAAGAAGCGUUGGUGGCAGAGUGGCGCCGGCCAGGGUCCCGUCACCGACGUGGCCGCUGAGGUUCCUGAUGACUUCCUCAGCACUGAGCUUCGCACCGGUCUUUCCACCACCGAGGCCGACAACCGUCGCAAGCGCUAUGGUUUCAACGAAAUCUCCUCGGAGAAGACCAACCUGCUGAAGCAGUUCCUGGGCUACUUCACAGGUCCUAUUCUUUACGUCAUGGAACUUGCAGCUCUUCUCGCUGCCGGUCUCCAGGAUUGGGUCGACUUCGGUGUCAUCUGCGGUAUUCUUCUUCUUAACGCUAUCGUCGGUUGGUACCAGGAAAAGCAGGCCGCCGAUGUCGUCGCCUCCCUCAAGGGUGACAUCGCCAUGAAGGCGACCGUCGUCCGUGACAACCAGCAACAGACCAUUCUCGCCCGUGAGCUCGUCCCCGGUGACAUCGUUGUCGUCGAGGAGGGUGCCACCGUUCCCGGUGACGUUCGUCUUAUCUGCGACUACGACAAGCCCGAGGACUUUGAGCUUUACCUGAAGCUCAAGGCUGAGGACAAGUUCCACGACGGCGACCCAGAGGACGAGAAGGAUGAUGAUGACGAGGAGAAGUUCGAUGAGGAGAACCCCAUUACCCAGGGUGUUUCCCUCGUUGCUUGCGAUCAGUCUGCCAUCACCGGUGAAUCCCUCGCUGUCGACAAGUACAUGGGCGAAGUUGCUUACUACACCACUGGUUGCAAGCGCGGCAAGGCCUACGGUAUUGUCAUCGCCACUGCUAAGCACUCUUUCGUCGGUCGCACUGCUUCGCUCGUCCAGGGCGCUCAGGACCAGGGUCACUUCAAGGCUAUCAUGAACUCCAUCGGUACGGCGCUUCUCGUCCUGGUCAUGUUCUUCAUCCUCUUGUCCUGGAUCGGUGGAUUCUUCCGUCACAUUCCCAUCUCUGUCGCUCGUGAGGGUACCGACAAGUCUGUCACCCUUCUCCACUACGCUUUGAUCAUGUUCAUCGUCGGUGUCCCCGUCGGUCUUCCCGUUGUCACCACCACCACCCUCGCUGUCGGUGCCGCCUACCUCGCUGAGCAGAAGGCUAUUGUCCAGAAGCUCACUGCCAUCGAGUCCCUCGCUGGUGUUGACGUUCUCUGCUCUGACAAGACCGGUACCCUCACUGCCAACCAGCUGUCUCUCCGUGAGCCUUACGUCGCUGAGGGUCAGGAUAUUAACUGGAUGAUGGCUGUCGCCGCCCUCGCCUCUUCCCACAACCUCAAGUCUCUCGACCCUAUCGACAAGGUUACCAUCCUGACCAUCCGCCGCUACCCCAAGGCUCGUGAAAUCCUUAACAUGGGCUGGAGGACUGAGAAGUUCACUCCCUUCGACCCCGUCUCCAAGCGUAUUACCGCCAUCUGCCACAUGGGUGGUGACAAGUACGUCUGCGCCAAGGGUGCCCCCAAGGCCAUUGUCAACCUUGCCAACUGCGAUGAGAUCACCGCCAACCUCUACAAGGACAAGGCUUCCGAGCUUGCCCGUCGUGGUUUCCGUUCCCUCGGUGUCGCCUACCAGAAGAACGACGGUGACUGGAUCCUUCUCGGUCUCUUGUCCAUGUUCGACCCCCCUCGUGAGGAUACCGCCCAGACUAUCAUUGAGGCUCAGCAGCUAGGUGUUCCCGUCAAGAUGUUGACCGGUGACGCUAUCGCCAUUGCCAAGGAGACCUGCAAGAUGCUUGCUCUCGGAACCAAGGUUUACAACUCUACCAAGCUUAUCCACGGUGGUCUUACCGGUACCACCCAGCACGAUCUCGUUGAGCGCGCUGAUGGUUUCGCCGAAGUCUUCCCCGAGCACAAGUACCAGGUCGUCGAAAUGCUCCAGCAGCGUGGUCACUUGACCGCCAUGACUGGUGAUGGUGUCAACGACGCUCCUUCCCUCAAGAAGUCUGACUGUGGUAUUGCUGUCGAGGGUUCUACCGAAGCUGCCCAGGCUGCCGCCGAUAUUGUCUUCCUUGCCCCUGGUCUGUCUACCAUCGUCCUUGCCAUCAAGACUGCUCGCCAGAUUUUCCAGCGCAUGAAGGCCUACAUUCAGUACCGUAUCGCCCUCUGCUUGCACUUGGAAGUCUACCUUGUCACCUCCAUGAUCAUCCUCAACGAGACCAUCCGCUCCGAGCUCAUUGUCUUCCUUGCUCUGUUCGCUGAUUUGGCUACCGUCGCCAUCGCUUACGACAACGCUCACUCUGAGCAGCGUCCCGUCGAGUGGCAACUGCCCAAGAUCUGGUUCAUCUCGGUCAUCCUUGGUCUUCUCCUCGCUCUCGGUACCUGGAUCGUUCGUGGCACUCUGUUCCUGCCCAACGGUGGUAUCAUUGUCAACUUCGGUGCCAUCCAGCCCAUUCUUUUCCUCGAGGUCGCCCUCACCGAGAACUGGCUUAUCUUCGUCACUCGUGGCGGUAAGACCUUCCCCUCGUUCCAGCUGAUCAUCGCCAUCUUGGGUGUCGACGCUCUUGCCACCAUCUUCGCCCUCUUCGGCUGGAUGUCCGGUAGCGAUUACCAGACCAACCCUCCCACAAACAACUCCAAGUUCCAGGAGCGUGGCUGGGUAGAUAUUGUCACUGUUGUCAUCAUCUGGGCCUACUCCAUUGGUAUCACCAUCAUCAUCGCCAUCGUCUACUACCUUCUCAACCGCAUUGCAUGGCUCGACCAGCUCGGCCGCAAGGACCGCCACAGGAAGAACCCUCACAUCGAGAACAUGAUUGCUGCUCUCAGCAAGCUUGCUCUCGAGCACGGAGUCGACAAGCACGGAACUCAGCGUUACGUUCUUGCCGCCCGCGCUGCCGAAGAGGAGGACGACGAGUAA